AUGCCUGCUCCGGGCGAUCAACACCAGGCCUGGGCCAACCCCUUUGAAGAGACAAAGCCGCGCAUCGCAGAAUGGACGGCCAAAGAAAUCGCCACCAUUGCCUCGCGGCUCGACAAGCAGCUCGGGCCCGAGUACAUCUCCUCUCGCGCCGGCCCGGGCGGUUCACGGGUGCACUAUCUCACGGCCGAAAAGGUUAUCGGGCUGGCCAACGAGGUCUUUGGCUUCAACGGCUGGUCGUCCUCGAUCCAAAACAUCCAGGUGGACUUUGCCGACGAAAACCCGCAGUCGCAGCGCGUGAGCAUCGGCCUGUCUGUCAUCGUCCGCGUCACGCUGCGCGACGGGACGUACCACGAGGAUGUCGGGUACGGGUCGAUUGAGAAUGCAAAGGGCAAGGCCAUGGCCUUUGAGAAGGCGAAGAAGGAGGGCACGACGGAUGCGCUGAAGAGGACGCUGCGGAACUUUGGCAACGUGCUGGGCAACUGCAUCUACGAUCAGGACUACGUCAAGCAGGUGACCAAGAUUAAGACGCAGACGAACAAGAAGUUUGAUCCGGACAAUCUGCAUCGACACUCGGAUUUUGUCAAAAGGGAGCCACCGACUGGCAACAUGGGCAACACUGGCACCACCACCAACAACAGCAACAGCACAACUGCAACUAACGCGACCACCACUACCGCUGCUGGUGGCCCUACAUCUGCAGCCGGGGCUUUCAAGCUGGAACCAAUGGACUCCUUCGAUGACUUUCUAGGGGAACUCGAUGAGGCCGAUUUUUGCGUUCCGGGAGACGGCCAUCCUGACGAGAUUAUGCUCCCCAACGGUGCCGUUCCCGCGCUCGAAAAGCCUGCUGCCAACGAAUCCCGGCCCGGUCAGCCAGCAAAGCCUACACCAGGGAACAACAUGAACCGACCGCCUCAGCCGCAACCGCACACCCCCAGACAGGGUCCACCGCAGCAGCCGCACAAUCCACAGCAGGGCAAGGAGUAUUCGAACCAAGGAAUGGCGCCACCUCCACAGGCACCCCCCGGAGAGCCUGUAGCUUUCUUCUCGGCGAAAUCUACUCUAGCUGAUGCAAAUCAGUCCGCUGGUACUCAGAACCAGCCCAAGCAGCUCUUCAACCCCAAGGCUGAAAGCCCGUCGAUACGCAAGACGCCCGGAAUCGACCACACUUCAUCCAAGCCAGUUGCGAGAAACGGCCAGCAUGUCCCACCCGCUAACAGUCAAGCGACAUCUGCGCAGAGCGGCAACACCAGCGGCUUCACACCCUUACGGCAGGGAGUCAGCAGCUCCCAGGCCAGGGGCAGCGUGAUGAAUCCGUCUCUGGACCAAGCUCGCAGGAUAGGAGCACCCGGUGCCGGCAGUCCCCUUGCGAAUCGAGGUCAAUAUAAGCCCCCUACAAUGAAACGAACGUUGCCAACUGAGGGCAACGCGGCUACUGGACCAAGGGCUCCGCUCGUGGACAUUCCGACAAAUGCUGGCAAUACCAGUGGCGGGGAUGGGCUGGAUGCAAAGAGGCAAAAAGUAGCAUGA